GAAAAACAAACAGCUGUUCGAAAAUCAGCUGUGGUUGUGCUGUCAAAAAAAUUAAAGUUUGUUUAUUUCUUCAGCAUAGUUGUGUUUAAAAUGAUUAAAUUGAAACAGGCACUUCUACUUGCUUGCUCUAUUUGUUGUUUAUUAACACAAAUCGCUAGCCAGGAGACCAACAACCAGCUACCCGAGAAGUAUGUAGAAUCUGUGCAACGUUCAACGCACACCAACAACUGGGCUGUGCUUGUGGAUGCCUCGCGGUUUUGGUUCAACUAUCGCCAUGUGGCCAAUGUGUUGAGCAUCUAUCGUUCAGUGAAGCGGCUAGGCAUACCUGAUUCACAGAUUAUACUCAUGCUGGCUGAUGAUAUGGCUUGUAAUCCGCGAAAUCCUCGCCCCGGACAGGUUUAUAAUAAUGCCAAGCAGCAUAUUAAUGUUUAUGGUGAUGAUGUGGAAGUAGAUUAUCGCGGCUAUGAAGUGACCGUGGAAAAUUUCGUGCGGCUGCUGACAGGUCGCACACAAAAUGGUACAGCUCGUUCGAAAAAAUUGCUAACCGAUGCUGGCAGUAAUGUGCUCAUUUAUCUGACUGGUCAUGGGGGCGAUGGUUUCCUUAAAUUUCAAGAUUCCGAAGAGAUUACAAGUCAAGAGUUGGCUGAUGCUGUCGAGCAGAUGUGGGAGAAGAAGCGUUACAAUGAGCUAUUUUUCAUGGUAGAUACCUGCCAGGCGGCUUCUUUGUAUGAAAAGUUUACCUCACCUAAUGUGCUGGCAGUGGCAAGCAGUUUGGUGGGCGAAGAUUCGUUGUCGCACCAUGUUGACCAGUCGAUUGGCGUAUAUAUGAUUGAUCGUUAUACCUACUAUGCGCUAGAGUUUUUAGAAAGAGUUCAACCUAACAGCAAAAAGACAAUGGGCGAAUUUCUACAAGUUUGUCCCAAACGCGUCUGCAUUUCCACCGUUGGUGUACGUAAAGAUCUCUAUAGGCGUGAUCCAAAUAAAGUGCCGAUAACAGAUUUCUUUGGUUCCAUACGUCCCACACAAAUCUCCACAGGGCGUGUUAAUAUUACGCUAGCCGAAGAAGAAGAUUUUAUUAACGCCGCGAUUGCCGCUGAAGAAGAGGCAGCUCAACGUAGCACCUUCAAAGUGGAAUUCCCGACCCAAUUUCCUACAGAAUUAUUUAAAUAAAUACAAAACAUCUAUUAGACUGAAGAGUAUUACAUAAAUAUCAGAAACAUAUUUUAUGCGCUGGUCAAAGCUUUAUAGAUGAAUGCGGGAGUAUUGCUGAUAUGAAAAAUGUACGCCUGUUUAUAAAUAUGUCAGCGUAAAUUAUAAUUCAUAACGAACUACUGUCUUUUUUUGAUACUGAUUAAUAUUUGCAUUUAUAGAGAUUUCAAAUAUGUUUCAAGAAUUCCAUUAAAUCUAAAUAAUCGUGUAAAUCUACGGAAAAAAGUUCAA